CAAUUAGGUUUCAGUCUUUGUUCCCGGUUUCCUCUCUCUCGUUCGCUCAAGGAGUGAGAAACCAUGAACGCUCUUCAUCUGCCCUCUGUGCUACCAUCUCCCACCCUCUCAAAACCCCGUCUUCUUUCCCUCCUCUCUCUCUCUAGAAAACCCUCCUUCCCCAUUAAAGCAAAUGUUGCUUUUCCCUCUCUUCCCCAAAAGUCCCAUGACCUCGAUUUCGUUUUUGGGUCGUCUCCAUUUUCUUCAAAUAUGUGCCCUAAUCCUCUUUCUUCUUCUCCUCAGACCCCUGCGACCGCAAUGAGAGGUGCAGAGGCUGAUGUCAUGGGGUUGUUGCUUAGAGAGAGGGUGGUGUUCUUGGGCAACCAGGUUGAUGAUUUUUUAGCUGAUGCGAUCAUAAGCCAGCUUCUUCUCUUAGAUGCUCAAGACCCAACUAAGGAUAUUCGCCUUUUCAUCAAUUCUCCUGGUGGUUCUUUAAGUGCCACAAUGGCAAUCUACGACGUGGUACAGCUUGUUCGUGCCGAUGUCUCCACAAUCGCUCUAGGGAUUGCAGCUUCCACCUCCUCAAUUAUUCUUGGUGGUGGCACCAAAGGCAAGCGCCUUGCCAUGCCCAAUGCCCGGAUUAUGGUACACCAGCCGCUUGGUGGAGCUAGUGGCCAAGCCAUCGACGUGGAAAUACAAGCCCGUGAAAUUAUGCACAACAAGGACAAUGUGGCCAGGAUCAUAGCUGGCUUCACAGGGAGAACCUUUGAGCAAGUCCAAAAGGACAUUGAUAGGGAUCGAUACAUGUCACCUAUGGAGGCUGUGGAGUAUGGGAUUAUUGAUGGCGUUAUUGACCAGGAUACCAUAAUACCACUUGUUCCGGUGCCUGAGAAGGUGAAGCCCAAGUAUAAUUACGAGGAGAUUAUGAAGGAUCCGCAAAAGUUUUUGACCCCAGAGAUACCAGAUGAUGAAAUAUACUAGAUGGGGAUGAUCUAUUAAAAUAAAUGCUGUUUUUUUUUUUUGCCCUUUUUUGUUGUUGCUGGGGGGUGGUGGUGGGUGUGGUUUAUAUGAGGUGAGGAAUUGGAGAAAUGGGUUUAAUCUCUCUCUCUUGAUUACUGAUUGUAUGUAUUAUGAGGAUGGGAAAAGGACGCUUUUUUUAAUGUGAGAGAUAAUUGUAAUAUUAAAGUCUCCUCUGGCAAUAUGAAGAGAUGAUGUUUGGGCAUUGAUUUUA